AUGAAGACCGGUGUUGUCGUCGUGAACUCGGCCCGCGGCGCGGUCAUGGAUGAAGCUGCUCUGGUUGAAGCCCUGGAUGACGGCAAGGUCCUCUCCGCUGGCCUUGAUGUCUUUGAGGAAGAGCCAAAAAUUCACCCUGGUCUGAUCAAGAACCCGAAUGUGAUGCUAGUACCUCACAUGGGCACAUAUACUGUGGAGGUGAGUCAUACGUUGCUGCUGUGCGAAAACCAACGAGCUAAUGGACAUCUAGACUCUUACUGCGAUGGAAGAGUGGGCUAUCGCGAAUAUUCGCCAGGGUAUCGAGAGCGGAAAGCUCAAGAGUCCCGUCCCCGAGCAGGCUGA